UGUUCCUCCUGUAUGUGUGUGUGCAUGUGAGCUAGAGAGAAGUGCUGCAGUGGCGAGUGGGGGGGGAUGACUGCAGUUUCUCGGGCUGAUUGGAGACAGAAGACGUUGCUUUGGCUCUGAAACAUUUAACCCCUAAGUGCCUCGCCACUGAAUGGGUCAGCCCCACACUAAGGAUUAGCGCUGAGCAGAACACUAGAGGCAGGUUUUUUGUACGCCCUAGCCAUCAAGCAUGAAGUGGAAUUUGUUUAAGAAGAAGCCUGAGGCCAUGGUGGGCCCACAGCCCACCGGUGCCAGUGCCAUGACCAUGGCUCCCCUGCUGUCCACAACAGCAGAGAAUGCCACAGAGUCUGGAGAGCAUGUCAGCAAAAAUGACAUGUUUGGUGACAUCAAGAACAAGUUCCUCAAUGAGAUUGACAAGCUCCCACUGCCUCCCUGGGCAAUUAUUGCUAUCUCCAUUGUUGCAGUAGUGCUCAUCCUCACUUGCUGUUUCUGCAUUGUGAAGAAGACCUGCCUUAAGAAGAAGAAGGGGAAGAAAGGAAAAAAGGGGAAGGGAGACAUGAGCAUGAAGAAUAUGAAAGGAGGAGAGAAACAGGAUGAUGAUGAUGAUGAAGAUGACAUUGAGACAGGGAUGACUGGCGAUGAGAAAGAGGAGGAGGAACCCAAAGAGAAGGAGAAGCUUGGCAAACUGCAGUUCUCGUUGGAUUAUGACUUCUCUGACAACAAGCUGACAGUAGGUAUUCUGCAAGCUGCAGAUCUUCUCUCCAUGGACAGUGGAGGUACCUCUGACCCUUACGUCAAGGUAUACAUUCUCCCUGAUAAGAAGAAAAAGUUUGAUACCAAAGUGCACAAGAAGACUCUGAAUCCUGUCUUCAAUGAGACGUUCAGUUUUAAGAUUCCCUUCCAAGAGAUGGGUGGAAAGACGCUGGUCAUGUCUGUUUAUGACUUCGACCGAUUUUCCAAGCAUGAUGUGAUUGGUGAGGUGAAGAUCCCCAUGAAUACACUGGAUCUGGCCCAACCCAUUGAGCAGUGGAGGGACCUAGACAGUGCUGAGAAAGAGGAGCCUGAGCGACUUGGUGAUAUUUGCGUCUCUCUGCGCUAUGUGCCCACUGCUGGGAAACUUACCAUCUGUAUCCUGGAGGCUAAAAACCUAAAGAAGAUGGACGUGGGAGGCCUGUCAGAUCCUUAUGUGAAGAUCCACCUGCUGCAAAACGGCAAGCGGCUGAAGAAGAAGAAGACCACAGUGAAGAAGAACACACUAAAUCCUUACUACAAUGAGUCCUUCAGUUUUGAGAUCCCACAGGACCAGAUGCAGAAAAUCCAAGCCGUGAUCACAGUGCUGGACUAUGACAAGAUUGGCAAGAACGAUGCCAUCGGUAAAAUCUGGGUGGGCAGCAAAGCGCAGGGAACAGCGCUCAGGCACUGGUCAGACAUGAUCGCCAACCCACGACGGCCAAUCGCCCAGUGGCAUCCUCUCAGGCACGAAGAGGAAGUGGACGCUGAGCUAGCAGGCCUCACUGCCAAGAAGUAAAUCUUCCAUUUACCCACGCACACUGCCACCUUUCCACUUUCUCUCUCCUCCCCUUUCACCCACUCAGUAUGUUUUGCAUAUUUUCCAUCCAUCCAACCAGCACUGCAUGAUACACAAGGAGAUCAGACAAAAAAAAAG